CUCGCCACAGCGAUGAAGGACCUUUUUGGCAUCGGAAAAAGUGCAACGGAUUCCGAAGCCCGCCUGCAGUACAUCGAGGUCAAGGACUCGGUUGUCCGCAAGUCAACACGCACACAUUCUAGAGCGAACCUGGAGCAUGUUGAGUGGAUCACCAUGGUCAUGGAGAAGCUCUGCCCGGUCUUCAAGGAGGAAACCUUUAAGGACGUCUUUAUCAAAACGCCUUAAAGACGCCAAGCUGAAGAACUCAGGAUUGCACUCGUUGACCUGUUCCGUCGCUUGUAUCCCAACAUGACAAGCCUUGACCUGAGAUACAUUCCUCGUGUCCUUACUGUCGACUCUUCUCAAGGACAGGAGGCUAAGCUUGUCUUCUUUGACCUCGUGGUUACGGAAGCCGAGAAGCCGUCUGACAUGGGCUUCGUUAGUGAAGAGAAGCGGUCUUGUGUCUCGUUCACCCGUGCCAAGCAAGUCUUGACCAUCGUCGGAGGAUCCCUUGCUGGAAAGAUGAACGACCUGAAGUCUUCCAAGUUUGAUGAUGAAGAAUCCGAGGCAACCAGAUCCAAGCUGGUCGCUGUCUUGGAAUACAAGAGUGAGUUGUUGGUUACCGAUCCCGGGAGGUACCAGCGCGUUUCUGCACCCACGCGGACUCGCCCUAUUCCAUCAGAUCUCACCGGCAACGCUUCCGGCUACUACAACUACACCGACGCCGCCGGAGCUUCCAGUGAGGCCGUUCCCUGGGAUGCCUCUGCACCUGAUACGGAAGCCGUCGGAGGUUGGGACACUGGCGAGUCUUCUACUACCACUGGCGAGCCUCGGGCUAGUACUGGCACUGAUGAGGAAGAAUCUGACAUCUCCGACAGCGAUGACUUCCAGCGCGGUGAUCCCGAGGACGCCCAGGAUGCCCUUGAUGCUGAUGACAACUACUAGACGCGUGCUGCGAAGCAAGCUGAGAACGAAUGGGGAUUGAAGGGUCCGGAGGAGCAGGAUGGCAAUGACCAGUCUAGCUGGUGGUGAGG